CCGGGGGCGUUGCGUGCUUCGUAGUGCGUAGCUCUAGCAAAAGUAGUGAGAAGGGGAAUGUCGGCUUGUGAAUGAUCGGUUUUUGAGACGGCAGGGAGCGUCAACGUUAUGGCUCAGCAAAAGAAUCUGGAAGGAUAUGUGGGCUUUGCAAGCCUUCCCAACCAAGUGUACAGGAAGUCUGUCAAGAGGGGUUUUGAGUUCACCCUGAUGGUCGUGGGUGAGUCAGGGCUUGGCAAGUCCACGUUGAUCAACUCUCUGUUCCUAACAGACCUGUAUUCAGCAGAAUAUCCUGGACCUUCACAUCGCAUCAAAAAGACUGUACAGGUGGAGCAGUCAAAAGUUUUAGUAAAGGAAGGCGGUGUCCAGCUACUGCUUACAAUAGUUGACACCCCUGGCUUUGGUGAUGCUGUCGACAACAGCAACUGCUGGCAGCCCAUCAUCGACCACAUAGACAGCAAGUUUGAAGACUACCUGAACUCAGAAUCCCGGGUGAAUAGAAGACAGAUGCCUGACAGCCGGAUCCACUGUUGCCUGUACUUCAUUGCUCCCUCAGGACACGGACUGAAGCCCCUGGACAUCGAGUUCAUGAAACGGUUGCAUGAGAAAGUCAAUGUUAUCCCACUGAUCGCCAAAGCAGACACCCUCACCCCAGAGGAAUGCCAACAGUUCAAGAAGCAGAUCAUGCGGGAAGUCCAAGAGCACAAAAUCAAGAUCUACGAGUUCCCUGAGACAGACGAUGAAGAGGAAAACAGGCUAGUGAAAAAGAUCAAGGACAAAUUGCCGUUGGCUGUGGUAGGAAGCAACACCAUCAUCGAGGUGAAUGGCAAAAGGGUCAGAGGGAGACAAUACCCCUGGGGGGUUGCAGAAGUUGAGAAUAGUGACCACUGCGAUUUCACCAUCCUCAGGGACAUGCUCAUCAGAACUCACAUGCAAGAUCUGAAGGAUGUCACUAAUAACGUUCAUUAUGAGAACUACCGCAGCAGGAAGCUGGCUGCUGUCACCUACAAUGGAGUGGACAACAACAGAGCUAAAGGUCAACUGUCCACCAAACUUGACACAGUUGAAGGAAUGAGUCCUCUGGCCCAGAUGGAAGAGGAAAGGCGAGAGCAUGUGGCUAAAAUGAAGAAGAUGGAGAUGGAAAUGGAGCAGGUGUUCGAGAUGAAAGUCAAAGAGAAAGUACAGAAGCUCAAAGACUCUGAAGCAGAGCUUCAGAGGCGUCAUGAACAGAUGAAGAAGAACCUGGAGGCUCAGCACAAGGAGUUGGAAGAGAAGAGGCGUGUGUUCGAGGAAGAGAGAUCCAACUGGGAGGCCCAGCAGCGCCUGGAGCAGCAGAAACUGGAAGCCUCCAGGACUCUGGAGAAAAAUAAAAAGAAAGGCAAGAUUUUUUAAAGGACAGCUGGCAGGACCACCCCUACUCGACUUGUAUUUGUUUGCCAGCGUUGCCAGUCAGGACACCAGUGUGUGGCACUGACACCCCCACUGCCACCUCCUCCGCUGUCUCCUCUCUUUUCCCCUCCCCCACCCCCCUUCCUCUUCCUCCUCGUCCUAUGUCCCUGCUCUGUCUGCCAGCACAGCUGUGCUCCUGCUCCUGACCACUAGAGGGGGUACUGGUGGUAUCAGUCAGUAUAUGAGGGGGAGGACGGGCCACAGAUCCCCCUCACUGCCUCUGGACUCAACACCAUCAAAGAAUGUGUUUACCUUAACGACAGAAAAGAUAACCCCUUUUUAGAAAGGCCAAACCUAUAUUAUUAUGUUAAUUAUUAUUAUUAUUAUUAUUAUUAUUAUUGAUGUUAUUAUAAUUAUUAUUAUUGUUGUUGUUAUAACUGAUACUGUUCCUGCCCCAUCUGCUGCUCUCUAUUUUCCUACCAAGGUUGCUAUUGGAUGACUCAUGUGUACAGUUUUCUGGAGAGCAAAGACAAAAAGCCCAUGAGUCACGUCUGACUGUUGUACAAUCAAGUUUUGGUGAUAUUUGUUUACAGGAAAAUCGACAGUACCAGUAUAACAGUGUGUGUGUAUGAACAUUAACCAUUGAAGUGUAAAGAGGACAUGAACUAAUCCUUUAGUUUUGUUUCCGUUGUAAACCUUACAGUGCGGCAAAAUGAAAACAGUGUCAAGAGAUCAUGAAAUUAAGAAAAACAAUAAAAUGCACCUUGGGCCUUUUUUAUAGAUUAAAAAUACGGCUUCUUUUUUCUUAAAUGUAAUGCUUUCUUCUUUUUCCUCUGUGUUUAGCUAUUUCCACUAGCCUUGGACCACCAUUUAUAAUAAUGUCAUAAGUGUUAUACUUCACUUUAGUUUAUUUUUAUAUAUAUAUACCGAGCCAGCUGAAGUAACAACUUCUUUUGUAUGUUUAGAAAAUCCUCAGAGACUUGAGAGCAGUGUCCACUGUUUGGAAAACAUACAAACUUUUGCAUAGAACAGUGAUCAUGGACGCAUUGGAAAAAUAACUUUUGCGGAAAGAAUGAGUGGGAAAUGAAGAGUCACCACCACAUUUUGCUUUGGCUAUGUACUCCAUCUCUGUAUUUUUAAUUUUAUUUUUCAUUUGUACUUGUACAAAGUCACUUAAUAAACCUGUGAUGACAUA